AUGAUUCCAGAGAAGUGGAAAGGAGCAAAGCACACGCUUCUAGAGCGACCAUGGUUUAUCAUAGCUGCUCUAGCUGGUCUUUUAGGUGGCGCACUGCUCAUCACAAGUAUCAUCCGAGCUACGGACAGCACUCUAUCUUUAUGUUCCACCGCAAAAACCGCGGCGCGGUCCAUAGCCGAAUACUCAACCACACCAAUCCAGCUUCAAUCCAUCGUCCACUACGCGACCUCACAGACCGUUCCUCAACAAUCCUUCGAGGAGAUAUCUAUCUCUUUAAACGUCCUUAAGGAACGUAUACCUUGCAAUUUUCUUGUCUUUGGCCUCGGGCACGACUCCCUCAUGUGGGCCUCCCUCAAUCCACGUGGCACCACUGUGUUCCUUGAGGAGGAUCCUGAGUGGAUCCAGGCCGUCCUAAAGGAUGCACCGUCCCUGAGGGCUCACCAUGUUCAGUAUCGGACCCAACUUUCUCAAGCCGACAAUCUUCUCGCGACCUACCGGUCCGAACCCAAGUGUUUACCUGCCAAUGCUUUCCCGAUCCGCUACAACGAAAAGUGUCCAUUGGCUUUGACUUCACUUCCUGAUGAGUUCUAUGAUACCGAAUGGGAUCUGAUCAUGGUGGACGCACCAAAAGGGUACUUCCCAACCGCGCCAGGGAGGAUGGCAGCUAUAUUCUCUGCAGCCAUCAUGGCACGUAACCGGAAGGGUGCGGGCACCACGCACGUUUUCCUUCAUGAUGUUGACCGCAUAGUGGAGAAGACGUACGCCAACGAGUUCCUAUGCGAGAAGUACAGAGUCAAUUCAGCUGGUAGGCUCUGGCACUUUGAGAUACCCAACGCUGCUAACAUGAGCGACCAGCCUGGGGACCGAUUUUGCUAGGUUGAACCGAUCUUUGAUUCUUCGUUACUUUUAAA